AUGGCAGCCAAGCAUCAUGCCGAUCUUAUAUUCUGUCGAAAACAGGCUGGUAUCGCUAUAGGUCGUGUCUGUGACAAGUGCGAUGGCCGAUGUGUAAUCUGCGACUCAUUCGUCAAGCCCGCAAAUGUAGUCCGUAUAUGUGAUGAGUGUAAUUACGGGUCAUCACAAGGACGAUGUGUUGUUUGUGGAGGCCAGGGAAUCUCGGAUGCCUACUAUUGUAAGGAGUGCGUCACUCUGGAACGAGAUCGGGAUGGAUGCCCAAAGAUGUAA